AUGUCACUACUGUUCGUACAAUUUGUCAACAAGCUGCCCGGGGCCCGUGCCAACACCUUCGCCCACUCCGAAACCUCCAAGCGCCCCGUAGUGUCGUCGUUCGUGCUCGCACCGUCCGACGCGUCCGUCACUGUCUUCGUACUCGUCUCGGUGCUCAUCAAGUCACCCAACUCGUCCUUCUCGGCCUACUCGCCCUUCUCGUCACACACACCACUCGUUGUCGGCCCCGACUGGCUCUGUUCGCUUCCACUUGCUCGCUCCGUGGCAAAUUUGGCACUGAGCGACUGCGCCAGCCGCCACUGGUUCACUCGCCGCUCUCUCGAAGCAGUGGAUCGCCCUUGGUGGGUUCACCGUCUUCGUCCCUUCAUGGCGACUCCUCAGCUAAAGAUCUCCAAUGAGCAGUGCACGUCGCUCGGCACGGCUCCGUUGGUCGUGGUCGGUUACUGUCUCCUGCCGCUCAUCAGAUCUUCGUUGUUCUUCCUCGCCGUCACAACUUCCGUCUGCAGCGCCGUGAUGUUCUCUAGUGAUACGCCACUGUUCGCCACCGCUCCAUUCAGGCAGAAGACCAGCUCUUACGGUCAGCUUCUGUUGGACAUGUACUACGAUUUGGCAAUCAGAUAA